UCAGCUAAACUGCACGAGAGCGUCGUACCUGCUUAAAACGAGCCGAGGACGGUGUCAGUCACCGGCAAAGUGACGCUCAGAUACGGAAAGGAAAGAGUUGAGUCGCUUUUCACUGAAGAAAAGACAAAAACCCAAUUUAAAGUGAGUUUUAAGAACAACUGGGAGGAUUUGAGAAGUGAGCACGAGCCGUGAGUGGAACCGUGGCAGAUGUAAGAUGACAUCGAUAAAGGUGGAUUAAACAGCAGGGAUGUUAAAGGGAAUGAUGAAAACAAUAUCUGCACAGUAAGGAGUGACUUUGGAGCCGACAGGAAUGGCUUGAUUUUUCUCACCGGGAGAGCGGCGGGACAACACUGUCAGAGGCGCUCAUGUUUCUGUGGAAGAGAAAGAAAGUUUGCUGCGCUUCACUCGGAUACACUUUCUGAAAGGCAUCGCUGUUGUGACUAUUUUUCACCCCAAGUGGCAGAGCCCGCCAGUUUUUGGUGUCGGCUCGUAACUGUUCACAAUGUCCAAACCCGUGCUAAAGAAAAACCACUGGACCUCCAGAGUGAACGAGUGCUCCGUGUCCAAAGAUGCCCGCGGUGACUUGAAUGUGCCCCUGCGCGGCGGAGCGGAGAACGGGGAGUUUGCCUACAUCGGACAACUUAACGAGGAUGUCGUGGUUUACAAAAAUGGAGCAAUAAAUGAAGGAGACCUGCUGCUGGAGGUGGAGAACCUCUCCAUCUCGGGAUUACCCCUGUACGACGUGCAGACAGUGAUAAAGAACUGCAAAGGUCCCGUCAGGUUGAAAACGGUCAGGCAAGGAAGUAAGCUGAACAAGGACCUGAAACAUUAUCUGAGCCAGCGCUUCCAGAAAUCCUCGCCUGACCACGAACUGCAGCAGACCAUUCGAGACAACCUCUACCGUCACGCCGUGCCUUGUACAACUCGCGCCCCACGUGAAGGAGAAGUUCCUGGUGUGGACUACAACUUCCUCUCAGUGGAGGACUUUCUGGAGUUGGAGAAGAGUGGGACCCUGUUGGAGAUAGGAACAUAUGACGGUAACUAUUAUGGGACGCCCAAGCCACCGGUGCAGCCCCCCGGUGGGAAAGUGAUUAGCAGUAGUGGUAGCAGCGGUGAUGCCCCACUGCCAGACGGGCUCAGCGAUAGCCUGCCGGGCUCGCAGCACUCUACUCCCCGACGCACCAAGUCCUACAAUGACAUGCACAAUGCUGGAAUAGUGCCUGGAGAGCAGCAGCAGGAGGACGACGAGGACCUUCCUGACAUGAACAGUAGCUUUACAGGAGAUUCAAGUGAAUUUGACGAGAUUCAUCACUCAGUGCGCCCCUUCCCCCCCCGCCAGAGUGACCCGCCCUACGUUGGGGGAACCCCCUCCCCACCGGCCCCCCCGGAGGGCCCCCAGCAGACACACUCUCACCUGAGCCAUCCUCCCGCGGAGGAUCCGCUGGGACCUCUGCCUGACAACUGGGAGAUGGCCUACACCGAGAACGGAGAGGUCUACUUUAUAGACCACAAUACAAAGACCACCUCCUGGAUAGACCCUCGGUGCCUGGACAAGCCUCAAAAACCCCUGGAAGAAUGUGAAGAUGAUGAAGGGGUACACACAGAGGAGCUGGACAAUGACCUAGAACUUCCACCAGGAUGGGAGAAAAUAGAUGAUCCAGUGUAUGGGGUCUACUAUGUUGAUCAUAUCAACAGGAAGACCCAGUAUGAGAACCCAGUGUUGGAGGCUAAGAGGCGCAGGCAGCUGGAACAGCAGCAGCCUCAGCAGCCUCAGCCCCAAAGCCAGCAGCCACCCGAAGGUGAGCGCUACAUCCGAGAAUGGAUCGAGGACUCUGCGUUGGCAGGGGCCCCCCUGGCCAGCUAUGCUGCCAACCACCAGGAGACCUACAGGGAGCCUGGGACAGGACCUCCGGUGCCCAACGCGAUGGGACAAAAACGAGGGAAGCCUUUCUUUACUCGAAACCGAUCCGAGCUGAAGGGGACUUUCAUCAACACCAAGCUGAAAAAGAGUCGCCGAGGGUUCGGUUUCACUGUUGUGGGAGGGGACGAGCCAGACGAGUUCCUGCAGAUCAAGAGCCUUGUCCUGGAUGGACCCGCUGCCCUCGAUGGCAAAAUGGAGACAGGUGAUGUUAUUGUGAGCGUCAACGACACAUGCGUGCUCGGCUACACCCAUGCCCAAGUUGUGAAGAUCUUCCAGUCCAUCCCCAUCGGCUCCAUGGUCAAUUUGGAGCUGUGCCGUGGUUACCCGCUGCCUUUUGACCCCGAUGACCCCAACACUAGCCUGGUUACCUCAGUGGCGAUUCUCGACAACAAAGAGCCCAUCAUAGUCAAUGGCCAAGAGGCCUCCAACAGCUACGACUCGCCAUCCAGCCACGGCAGUCAGAACAACAACAACGGCUCGACCAACGGAGGGGCACCUCUCAACGGCCUCCCCCGAGCCCACAGCCCCUCGGCAGAGGUGGCCUCUGAUACCUCUUCCCAGCACGGUUACCCCAGCGACGUGGUCACCCUGGCCUCAUCCAUCGCAACACAACCAGAGCUCAUCACUGUACACAUGGAAAAAGGAGACAAGGGCUUUGGCUUCACCAUCGCCGACAGUCCCGGAGGCGGAGGACAGAGAGUGAAGCAGAUUGUUGAUUACCCACGCUGCCGCGGCCUCAAGGAGGGAGACAUCAUCGUGGAGGUCAACAAGAGAAACGUGCAGAGUAUGUCUCACAACCAGGUGGUCGACCUGCUCAGCAAGUGUCCUAAAGGCAGUGAGGUCACCAUGCUGGUGCAGAGAGGGGUGGCACCUGCAAAGAAGAGCCCCAAACUGGAUGCCUUUGAGCUGGCUCCUCCGUACAGAGAUUACAGUAGGAGGCAGUUGUCGAGAAAGGACAGUCAGAACAGCUCCCAGCAUAGCGUUUCGAGCCACCGGAGUGCCCACACAGACUCGCCCGUGCACCCGUCCCUGGCGCCCCCUCUCAGCGAGAGCAUCGCUCCCCCACCCCCCUCUCAGCCCCUGCCAGGCCUGCCGCCCCAGGACUCCCCAGCAGACGGGACCAUCCAAAGAAAACCGGACCCCUUUAAGAUCUGGGCCCAGUCCAGGAGCAUGUAUGAAAGUAGGCUUCCAGACUUCCAAGAGCAGGACAUUUUCCUGUGGAGGAAGGACACAGGGUUUGGCUUCAGGAUCCUCGGAGGCAAUGAGCCAGGAGAGCCGAUCUACAUCGGCCACAUAGUGAAGUAUGGCGCGGCGGACGAGGAUGGACGUCUGCGAUCCGGAGAUGAACUGAUAUGCGUGGACGGCACAGCGGUGGUGGGCAAGUCUCACCAACUGGUGGUGCAACUGAUGCAGCAGGCUGCCAAGCAGGGCCACGUCAACCUCACUGUGCGGCGCAAAACCAACUACGCCGAGGUUAAAGCAGAGGGAGACGUGCCUCCAUCGCCGGCAUCCUCCCACCACAGCAGCACCCAGGCACCCAGCCUGACAGAGGAGAUCGGGAAACGCACCCCUCAAGGCAGCCAGAACUCCCUUAAUACCGUCAGCUCCGGCAGCGGCUCCACCUCUGGCAUCGGCAGCGGGGGAGGGGGUGGAGGGGCGGGAGGCAGCGGUAAUGCUGUGGUUGCUUCAGCGGUUGCCACCACCUCCUCUCAGCCCCCCAACGUCAUCAACAACGCCCCAUCUGCCUUGCAGCCCUAUGACGUUGAGAUCCGCCGCGGCGAGAACGAAGGAUUUGGUUUCGUCAUCGUCUCCUCUGUGUCGCGGCCUGAAGCUGGCACCACCUUCGCUGGCAAUGCAUGUGUGGCCAUGCCCCACAAAAUAGGCCGCAUCAUCGAGGGGAGCCCAGCAGACCGUUGUGGGAAGCUGAAAGUCGGCGACCGCAUCCUGGCCGUGAACGGGUGCUCCAUCACCAACAAGUCCCACUCUGACAUUGUCAACCUCAUCAAGGAGGCUGGGAACACCGUCACACUACGCAUCAUUCCUGGAGACGAGUCAUCAAAUGCAUCUUUGUUGACCAAUGCAGAGAAGAUUGCCACUAUAACCACCACUCACACACCUCAGCAACAGGCUGCACCUGAGGCCAGGAACAACACCAAACCAAAACAGGAAUCAUUUGAAUUUAAAGCACCACAAGGCCCUCCUCCUCAACCCCCGACACAAGUUUCAUCUCAGGAUGCUGAGUUCUACUCAGUUGACCUGGAGCGAGACAACAAAGGCUUUGGCUUCAGUCUGCGGGGAGGCAGAGAAUACAACAUGGACCUGUACGUGCUGAGGCUAGCUGAGGACGGAGCAGCUGUCCGCAACGGAAAGAUGAGGGUCGGCGAUGAAAUCCUGGAGAUCAAUGGCGAGAGUACCAAGGGCAUGAAGCACGCGCGAGCCAUCGAGCUCAUCAAGAGUGGAGGACGGCGCGUCCAUCUGGUGCUCAAGAGGGGUGAUGGCUCUGUGCCUGAAUAUGACGGCAGCCCCAACGACAGCAGCGCAGCCAACCCAGCCUCAGGGUUACAAAACGCUGCGGAAGUGAGCAUCCUGCCCCCAACCAAUGCGCCAUCGGAGUCAAGCUACCCACCAGAAACCCAACAACCAUCCCGGAGCAAGAAGGAGCCGACCCACCACUCUAGCGGCACCGGCAAGCACCACCAUUCCAACCACCGCCACCGCUCCCCAAACAAGAGAACCAGCACGGGAAAAAGCAAGGGGAAAAAGUCCACAGGGAAGGGCGUGUACAAGCUAUUCAAAAAGAAGGGUGAUAAGGGAAGUGACGGCCACCGGCACCAUUCCAGCGGGCACCACCAUAGUCGCCACCGUUCACCUGACAGGGGACAUGGCCGGUCACGCAGUGCAGAAAACACUCUGGAUAGCCGCCACAGGGGACACCGCCAUGGCCGUUCCCCUGAGAGGCGCCAUGGUCACCACUCUUCCUCUCAUCACCGCCACCGUUCUCCCUACCGCUCUCCUUACCGCUCUCCCUACCGCCACCACUCGCCUCACCGCCACAGGUCCCCCCACCGCUCGCGGCACCACUCCCCCACCAGACGCCGAGCCCACUCCUCAGACCCCUACCGCCGGAACGCCUCCCCAGAGAGACAGAGUCACAACAACGAGAAGCCCACCGUGGACGAGGCAGUAUUGAAGGAGCCACCCAAGACCCCUGAACUCAGCUUCCCUCUCGAAGACAGCAUCCUCCGUGCACCCACGACCCUUGACAGGAGCUCCCUGAGCAGGGACGCCACACUACCGCCGCUGCGCAGGGAGGAGCGCCUGUACGGGGAGGACAGUCUGCUGGCGAGAGCCUCCUCCAUGGAGAGAGCCUACAGGGGGGACAGCCUGCUGAGGGACGUGGCAUCUCGUGGCCAGAGAGAUGCCUUCAGAGACACCACCUUGCCCAGAGUGCGCACCCCUGAGUCAGAUUCAGCCUACAAGAGGUACAGCUCGCUGCUAAGGGGGCGCUCACCUGAGAGAACGGAGAGGAAUGGGCGCUACGCCAGCCGAGGUAGUUCUCCAGAGCCGCAGUACCGAGCCCGCAGCCUGGGACGAGACAUCUCCCCGUUCAGGAGCUCCAGAAGGGACGACUCGGAGGAUGAAGAGGAUGAUGACCAUUUCGUAGCGGCUAAGUUGAGGGAGUACUACAGCAAGACCAACACCAGUCGCACCCUCCCUGAGCCCAGGAAGACCUACAAGGACAACCCCAAAGACCUGAGCAUCUGAAUGGAUGGCUGUCAGCCAAUCACAGCCACUACCCACAAACACCUCAAAGUACUCACUCACAUUACCACUCGGUUCAACAGAAAUGCACCCAGUUGUGAACACACAUACACAGAUACACACACCAGACAACGCACACACACACACACACACACACACACACAUGCACGCACACAUUAUGUAACUAUGUUGAGUUACUAACAAGACAGUGAUUCCAAAAUGACUUUUGAAAGCUGUUUCUUUUUUUUUUCUUUCUUUCUUUCUUCCUUUUUUUAAUUGUAUGUAUUUUUUUUCUUGUUUUUGGUUAAGCAUUCUACAUUUACAGUAACUCAGACUUUUCCAGAAAAUGUAAAACCAUAAAAAACAAUGAUGUGCCUAACAGUUCCAUUAACGAGCAACAUUUUGUUUUUGAUUUGAUAAGUGACGGGCGUUUUGUGCCGCACUGUCAGAUGAUGAAAUGUAUGUACUUUUCCACGAGGAUCCCAUGGAAGUACCACGCACCUGGAUUACUGUAACCGGUGCUCACAAUGAUGCUGUGCAUGUCUUUACCGGUUUUAAUGUCUUCUCUCUCUCGCUCUCUCUAACUCUCUCUCUUUCUUUCUCUUCCGCCUUCAUUCUCUCUCUCUGUAUCUCUCUCUCUCCCCAGUGCCACUGUUUUUUAGACAUUUGACCAGACUAUAGCACAAGCCUGCAUUUGUUUGUAUAUUUUUGACAGUUUGCAGUAUGUGUACAUUCAGAGGUGACCAUUUUAAAUGAAUGAAGGGAAAAUUAAAAGUUAAACUAUGAUGAUGAUGAUGAUGUUAAAAUAAAAUAAU